AGCGAAUAAAUCGAGUUUCGCAGGUUGAAGCACAGCAGCCGUUUGCCGCUGACGUACGUAGACCAAGCCGCACAAAGCGGGCCUUCCCCGCAUGAAAAAUGUAUCGGCAGCAGCAUGGCAUCACCUCAGGACUGCCGGGCCAGCUGCGGACGUACGUCAGCGCGCUGUUGGUGAGGGAUCUGCUGGCGCUGUAGCCACCUAGCGGAGCCCGCCUCGCUGGCGUGACAUCUGCGUGCCAAGCCAUCAUACAUGGCUAGUCGACGAUUGGCCCGGUGACAUCUACGCGAAUGAAGCCAUGCAUCUGCGAGUAUCAAUAGCGGCAGGUCUCCGCUCGGCCGCAUGUUGAAGCCGCUGUUCGGUCAAGGCGAAUUUCGCUGGCAGCGCUGCCGAUAUCCGUCGGGUAUCAGAGCCGGCGCAACGCCAUUGUCACGACCAGAUCAUCCUGGCCGUAAACGCAACAGCCACUGCUUCCGCGCAUACACCAGCGUCUUAUGCUUGCUUCUGCGGACAGGUUCCGUUCUUAGUUGGCAGUUCGCUUUUGGCCCAAACGUUUCCCCUCGGUGGCGACUUUGAGCACGACAGGGGUCUCCACACCCUCACACCUGCGCUACAUGUAAUUCCCAUGGCCCAGAGCGCAAUCUCACGGAGCACGACUGAACUGCUGCUUCCGCUUCCACUGGCCGUCUCGUAAGUUACAAGGCGUGGCGUGCUGUCGGCGCAUGUGCGUAACGUUAGUAAAAUGAUUCGCGCCAUGUGGAGUGAUUGUCGCUCGUCGACACUUUGCUUGCAGCUUUUGACAGUGUUAUCAGACUCAGACCUGCAACCGUUCGUUGCAGCGGCUCAAGAAAACUACUUAGACCAGGAGACUUACGCAGCAAGUAGCGCUGGGUUGUGGCUAAUGAGCGAAUGCCUUAUUCAAAACUUGUUAGUGCUACCGGUGUCGACCAGGGAUGAUCAUUGCCUACCGGUGCAACAUGUGUGCAUCCACCUUACGACCAGAGAGAUUACACUUCCGGAGACAAUGAAUGACAACUUCCAGUGAGCACUUGACGAGGGACUCCGGCACACCGGGGCUGGUAUUAUUCGAGCAGGUCGCUGUCGGCAUCGCUACCGACGGCGUGCUAUGUUUCGCUGCAACCGGGCCCUCUACCAUCAUGGUUUCGGCUCGGGCUUAACGUCACUACCGCCAAUCGAGGCUGUCCAGCACCGACUUCGUCUGCUGCGUGGCAGUAGCGCUUCCAUCACCGCCCACAUGUCACGGCGAUGCUGAAGCGCGCCAAAAUAUUCGCGCUUACCAAGACCAGCUUUGGCGCGGAGCUGGUGCGCUGCUACACUGUAGCUCGUGGCGCAUGGCGAGCUUUUAGGCGCUGUCUCAUUCGCCGGUCCACCCAAGAUCAGCGCUGAUUGGCCUAUUCAAACGUAGGUGGAUGACGCGCCUGGUCUCUGCCGAAAUAUAAUAAUUCACCAAUUUUUAAGAUGAUAUCGUGGUGUGGCACACCCACAAUACCUUCAAUAAUAAAUAACAAUAUGACAUCAUAAUCAC